AUCACUGCACAGCGAAGUCGUGAAAUACGCAAGACAUCUUGCGAUCUCCAAUCGCUCCAAGUGCGGUGUAAGGAGGAACAUCAAAAGCGACUUAAAAUGCGCGUCUAAUACGUUGUAAAUUAAUGAUCAGGUGAACACGUAACAAUAGUAACAAUAGUGUAACUGACAGAGAGCGAGAGUUCAGUGUAACACGGAAACGAGCAGGUGAAUUACAGGAAAGGAAGUUGAGUGAAGCCCGAAAAUACCAUGCAGAUAUUCCUGCAGAUAUUCUUUGCCUUCGUCUUCUUUCCAAUUGCAUUCACUCAGACAAGCGUGAAAUUUUUGGUGCUUGUGGAGAUGCAACAGGAGAAGCUGCCCGGCAUGUACUCACAGGUCAUGAAAGAAGCACAAGACAAGACUGGACUCAUAAUGGACGAUAUAACUGUCAAGAUCAACAGGGAAGAGGAAGAAGAAACUUUCGGCAGAGUCUGCAAUGAGGUCAUGAAAGGUGUCACUCUGAUCCUGGACUUGACUUGGACGGGCUGGGGACGCUGCCGACAAUUGUCAGAGAGCACAGGCAUCCCAUAUAUUCGGGCGGAUGCAACCAUUGGAGGCUUCGUGCAAGUUGUGGAUGCCUACCUAACCGAAAGGAAGGGGACUGAUGCUGCACUCAUCUUUCAGAAUGAGGAAGAGUUGGACCAGGCGCUCUACUACCUGAUUGGCAACUCCAUUAUCCGGGUGAUCGUGUUGGAUGGGUUGCCUGGCAACUCAACAGACAGGUUGCUGGCAAUGCGGCCCGUACCGUCCUACUUCGUCAUAUUUGGGGACACAGAAAACGUGAUCAAACUGUUCAAAAAGGCGCAGGACGGUAAACUGGUGACCCGAAGCGAGCGCUGGAACCUCGUGUUCACAGACUUUCUCUACGACAAUUUCAAACAGAGCUCCCUGAAUACCUUGGUUAGCCUCAUCACACUUGACAAGGACAUCUGUUGCCGCCUCUUGGACCAGGACAAAGGAUGCGCCUGCCCUGAUAAGUUCGAGAUCCUUCCUGUCUACAUGAAAGAAGUGAUCAUGUUCUUGGGUGACCUCUUGGUGGAAAUGAAGAAGAGCGGUUCAGAUCUGUCUAGACCGGCAGGCGAAUGGGGAGCAGACUGUCAAAACGUUGACGCUAAGACAGCUGACAACACUACAAGAGACAAGUUCUAUGAACUUAUGCCACAGGUGCUGGUACAUCAUAAUGCUCUUGGGUUCAACCAGUCUCGAUGGCUUCUUUAUUACCAUAAUGACAUGGAAAUAGUUUUGGCCAAUAGUUCAAGCAGAGACAGACUUGCCAAGUGGACAAUGGAUGAAGGACUGUCUGUCAAGCCAAAUGUUACUCUUGCACCAACAAAGCGUUUCUUUAGGGUUGGAACUGCUGAGGCCAUUCCAUGGUCAUAUAUGAAGAGAAAUCCAUCAACUAAAGAGAUCAUGAGGGAUGCUGAAGGAAAUAUCUUGUGGGAAGGAUACUGUAUUGAUCUGUUACAGAAACUGUCUGAGCUCAUGGAUUUUGAUUAUGAGAUUGUCCCACCAGCAAAUGGGGAAUUUGGUAAACGUUACCCAAAUGGAACAUGGGAUGGUAUGGUGGGCGAUCUUGCUAUGGGAGAAACAGACAUGGUAAUUGCACCCCUUACUAUGACAUCAGAGAGAGAAGAGGUCAUUGACUUUGUGGCACCAUACUUUGACCAGUCUGGAAUAUCCAUUGUAAUCAGGAAGCCAGUUCGCAAGACAUCACUUUUUAAAUUCAUGACAGUGUUGCGACUUGAGGUGUGGCUAAGUAUUGUGGGAGCCCUGACAGUCACUGGCAUCAUGAUCUGGAUCCUUGACAAGUAUUCACCAUACAGUGCUCAAAACAACAAGGCUCUUUACCCUUACCCUUGCAGGGAAUUCACGCUGAAGGAAAGCUUCUGGUUUGCACUAACAUCUUUUACGCCACAAGGUGGCGGCGAAGCGCCCAAAGCCCUGUCUGGACGCACACUUGUAGCAGCCUAUUGGCUGUUUGUAGUUCUCAUGCUUGCAACCUUCACUGCAAACUUGGCUGCUUUUCUCACAGUUGAAAGGAUGAAGUCGCCUGUUGCAUCAUUGGAGCAGCUGGCAAGGCAGUCACGUAUCAACUACACGGUUGUCAAUAAUUCAGACACCCAUGAGUAUUUUCAGAACAUGAAGAAUGCUGAAGAUGUUUUGUAUGAUGUUUGGAAGAGCAUCACGUUGAAUAGUUCAAGUGACCAAUCCAAGUACAGAGUAUGGGAUUAUCCUAUCAAGGAGCAAUAUGGCCACAUUCUGCAGGCCAUAACUCAAACAGGACCAGUUGAGAACGCAACUGUGGGCUUUCAAAAGGUAAUUGACCAGGAGGAGGGAAAGUUUGCAUUUAUCCAUGAUGCAGCACAGAUUCGAUAUGAAGUGUCACGUAACUGUAAUCUCACUGAAGUUGGUGAGAUGUUUGCUGAGCAGCCUUAUGCUAUAGCUGUUCAGCAGGGCAGCCAUUUGCAAGAAGAGAUAAGCAGGAAAAUCCUAGAUCUUCAGAAAGACCGAUAUUUUGAAACUUUAUCUGGGAAGUACUGGAAUUCAUCAGCAAAGGGAGACUGCCCUAAUAAUGAUGACAGUGAGGGUAUUACACUUGAAAGUCUGGGAGGUGUAUUCAUUGCAACUCUGUUUGGAUUAGCUUUGGCUAUGAUUACUCUUGCUGGAGAAAUAUUCUACUACAAAAGGAAGAAGCUGACAACAAUAUCAGCACGACAACCAGUAAAUGAGCCACCAAAAAAACAAAUUACCAUUGGCAAGGAGUUUCGCCCUGUUAUGGACAAAACUAUGCCACGAGUGUCUUACAUCUCAGUUUUCCCCCGAAAUCAACUCUAUUAAUAUUUAUGUUUUGAUGUCAAUGAAAACUUCAAGAAAACUAAAAUCUGAUGAAAAGAUUAUAUUGAUUCCACACAGUUUUGCGAAGAAGGGCUGAUACAAUUCUUUUGUAAAAUAUAGUUCAUACAAAGUCCCUACAUGUUCUUCUUGAAUUGGAAAUAAAAAAAAACACAAAGAUAUAUAUGUAUGUCCAUUAGGAAUGUAUUAUUAUUAUUAUUGUUAUUAUUAUUAUCAUCAUCAUCAUCAUCAUCAUCAUCAUCAUCAUCAUUUGUGUGCAUGUUUGUUUAGUCUCUUUACUGUGCAUGCUGUAUAAUUGGCAUUUUGGCUGCUGACGCGUAUGUAAAUAAAUAAAGAACUGAAUUGAAUAAUGAAUUAUUUAAUGAGGUUAUGCUCUCCCAUAUCACAAUGAAAAAUCAUUGUUGGUCUUGCAAGAUGUCUGCAAUGAAAGUGAUUAUGAACUAAGUGGCUGUGGCACAGUAAUAAUACUGUAAUUUAUUUACGUCCAGUUACCAAGAGUGCACACAAAAAUGUAUGCAAAUAAGAAACUAUAAACAAAAUAAUUAAGUAGUUACUAUAGGAUUCUGACGAUGGUGUAUAACACACUGAUAUAUUGAG